GCUUACAUAAAACAUUUAUUUAUUAAAAAACUUUUUAGAAUUUAUUAUUUUAAAAAUUUUUAUUACCUAUUAUUUAACAAAAAUAAAAUAUGCUUUGUUUAUGUAGUUUAAAAAGUUCUUUUCAAAUCUGAUGAACUGCCAGAAGUUAUAUAUGAAUUGACACAGUGUUCAUAUACAUUAAAUUCUAACACAGAAUAUUUUUUACUUCUAGUAUGGUGUCUGAUUUCUUCUAUCCCAAUACUGGUGGGGUAGAGAGUCAUAUUUACCAACUUGCUCAGUGUCUUAUUAAAAAAGGUCACAAAGUCAUUGUAAUUACUCAUGCCUAUGGAAAUCGUAAAGGAAUAAGAUAUUUAACCAAUGGAUUAAAAGUUUAUUAUAUGCCAGUAUGGGUGGUGUACAAUCAGUGCACACUACCAACAUUAUUUACCACCUUCCCUGUCAUCCGUUUCAUCCUUGUUAGAGAAAAAAUUUCUAUUGUACAUGGACAUUCAGCAUUUUCUGCAUUAGCACAUGAAGCAAUGCUUCACGCUAAGACAAUGGGACUAAAAGCAGUUUUUACAGAUCAUUCCCUAUUUGGGUUUGCAGAUGCCAGUGCCAUAAUCACAAACAAACUUCUCCAAAUGACUUUGAGUGUCUGUAAUCAUGUGAUAUGUGUGUCUCAUACUGGGAAAGAAAAUACUGCUCUUAGAGCAAAUGUUUGUCCAAAUACAAUAUCAGUUAUACCAAAUGCAGUGGAUACAACGAUCUUCAAGCCGGAUUUCUUGCCAAAGCUAAAGUCAAGAAUUGCAAUCGUUGUCAUCAGUAGACUUGUUUAUAGAAAAGGAAUAGAUCUACUUGCAGAAGUGAUUCCACAAAUUUGUUCCAGAUACCCCGAUGUAGAUUUUAUAGCUGGCGGGGAUGGUCCUAAGAGAGUUUUAGAAGAAGUUCGAGAACGUUGCCAACUGCAAGAAAGAGUGACUCUUCUUGGAGCCGUAAAGCAAACGCAAGUCCGAGAUGUAAAUAUGUUCUUCCGUUUAUCUCACAAAGGCUUUUAUUAUAGUUAUUUAUUUAAUGUUAUAAGUAGUUUAUGUGCAUUAAGACUUCAAGUUGUGAGCACUAGUGUUGGUGGUGUGCCUGAAGUUUUGCCCCCCGAACUUGUUUGGUUAACUGAACCAACCGUCAUUGGUUUGAUAAAAGGUUUGGAGCGAGCUAUGGAUGCUAGGAUAAACAAUAAAGUAGUCCCUAAAGAUGUUGCCUAUAAAAAACUGUCAAAAAUGUAUAAGUGGGAUGAUGUUGCUUUCAGGGUCGAAAAUGUUUACCAUCAAGUUACCAAUGAGCCAGUUGAUACCCUCUCUUGUCGGUUGAAGAAAUUUUGGCUUCAAGGAUAUGUAGCUGGAGCUUUCUUUAUGCUUCUACAAGCCAUAGAACAUUUAGUAUAUCUCUUCCUCUCAUGGUAUAUACCAGAAGAUGUAAGUAAACAACUCUUGGAUCCUCCACUUCUAAAAUUUUCAAAAAUGCUUUUAAUUUUCAAACUUACUUUUUCAUAUAACAUAUUAUAUUUUUAAAAAUUUAAUAAGUUA